UCUGGGGUUUCUGAGUUCACUCGUUCUCCUUUAUCUUAUUUUUUCUUGGCUUUUCCUACCGAUUAGUCCAUUACUUCCCUGCAAUUGGUGCCAUGCAAUAAUUCAGACGAGAAUAUGUCCAAAUACACAACUUUUCCUUUAUUUCUGCACUCCAUCCCUACCACAUUAACCUCCUCAUCAUCAUCAAUUCAUCAUUAAUGGCCUCACUCCGUCCCUUUCACAUCCACCUCUUCAUCAUCAUCGUACUCACCUUCUUCUCCGGCAUCACAUUCUCCGACGACGGCGCUGUAAUGUCCCAGCUCCUCGCUGCCAUUUCUCCCGCACCCAACCACUGGUCAAACUCCACCCACUACUGUUCUUGGACUCACGUCACUUGCGACGACACCGCCGGGAAGAAUGUCAUAUCCAUCAAAAUCGACUCGCUCUCCGUUUCCGGCGAACUCUUCUCCGGGAUCACACAGCUCUCCUCGCUCAAAAACCUCUCCGUCUCCGGGAACUCCCUUUCCGGACCCUUACCUUCUUUCGCUAACAUGCCGGAGCUCGAAGAGCUCCGGUUAGACGGCAAUAACUUCAGCUCAGUCCCGCCGGAUUUCCUCUCCGGUCUUCCCCGUUUGAAGAGUUUCAGCGUUUCUGGAAAUCGAAACCUUAGUUCCUGGGAAAUUCCCACGCACCUGAACCGAAGCAGUAAUUUGGUUUCUUUCUACGCCAGUAACGCUAAUGUUUUUGGUAUCAUUCCUGAUUUCUUCGAUUCUUUCCCAAAUCUCGAGAACGUAAUAUUAUCCUUCAACAAUUUAACCGGGUCACUCCCCGGGUCGUUUUCGGGUUCCAAGAUACGGGUAUUGCGACUGGAUAAUCAGCAGCUAGGGCUCUCUGGUACUAUUAGCGUGCUUUCCUCCAUGAGAAAACUAUCCCAAAUAUGGCUCCAAGGGAAUGCCUUCACGGGUCAGAUUCCGGACCUUUACGGGCUCCAAAUUCUCUCCGAUUUGCGCCUAGAAAACAACCGAUUAACCGGCUUUAUACCCGAUUGGAUGCGGAAUCUGACGGAAAUUCACGGAUUACGAACUGUUUUUCUGCAGAACAACGAGUUACAGGGCCCGAUUCCCCAAUUUCAGUUCAUCAAAAUCCAGGUAAAUCUAGGGAAUAACAGUUUUUGCAGGGAAACUCCGGGGGAUUGUGAGCCGCAGGUCACGGCGCUUCUCGAUGUGGCUGCCGAUCUCGGCUUCCCGUUAACCCUAGCCGAAUCCUGGUCCGGGAAUGAUCCUUGCAGAAAAUGGAGAUUCAUUAGUUGCGAUCUGCAGGGGAAGGUGACCACUGUGAAUCUGGAAAAACAGCGAUUUUCAGGUAACAUUUCGCAGAUUUUGCUAUCUUGCGAGAAAUUGACUACAUUGAGGAAAUUGCUUUUGAACGACAAUAAUCUUACCGGCUCGAUUCCGGAUAACUUGGCCAUUCCGCAUCUGCUACAAAUUCUCGACGUGUCUCAUAACAAUUUGUCCGGCUCCGUUCCUGAUUUCCCCGAUUCAUUACGUUUCAAUUGCUUCGGAAACCCCUUGCUUCGAAUUCAUGUGUCGAAUUUCGCCGGCAAGAUUGCUUGUAUUGUUCUAGCGGCUCUUGUGCUUGUUAUCGUGCUCGUAUUGUUCGUCUCUUACAAGUUCUACACCAAACGCCUCCAAUCGAAGGCACCUGGCCGGACCACGGCGAUUACCACCGGGACUGGAACGGGCACUAUAUUCCCCAUCCAAGUUCUUCAAAAAGCGACCGACCAUUUCAGCGAGGAGAAUGUGGUGGGGAGCGGAGGAUAUGGAGUGGUUUACAAGGGCGAAUUAGACAAUGGAACUAAGAUUGCUGUGAAGAAGAUGAAAGAUGGGACAAUGAUGAGAGGAUUGAACGAAUUCCAAGCAGAAAUCUCGUUUCUUGCCAAAGUUAGGCACCGAAAUUUGGUCUCAUUGCUUGGUUACUCCAUUAACGAGAGUGAGAGGAUCUUGGUGUAUGAGUAUAUGCCACUGGGAACUUUGAGCCAUCGCCUCUUUGAAUGGCAAAACUAUGGCUUUGAUCCUCUAACUUGGAACCAAAGGGUAACGAUUGCAUUGGAUGUGGGAAGGGGGAUUGAGUAUCUUCAUAGUUUGGCUAACCAGAGAUUCAUUCAUAGAGACAUAAAGCCUUCAAAUAUUCUUCUUAGUGACGACAUGAGAGCUAAGGUUGCGGAUUUUGGGUUGGUCAAAAUGAUUCCGGAUGAUAAAAGUUUUGUUGAGACACGGAUUAUUGGAACAUUCGGUUAUCUUGCACCCGAAUAUGCAGUUACUGGACGAAUCACAACAAAAGUAGAUGUUUAUGCAUUUGGAGUUGUGUUAAUGGAGAUAAUUACCGGCAAAAAAGCAAUAGAUGAAAGGGUGCCCAACGAGACGUGUCAUUUAGUCACGUGGUUUCACAAAGUUAUUAGCAGCAAAGGCCACAACUUUAAAAAGGCUAUCGACCCAACUCUUGAUCAUCAAGAUGAACAAACAUUUGAGAGCAUUUUUAAGGUUGCAUUAUUAGCAGCUCACUGCACUGCCAAGACAUCAUAUCGGCGACCCAAUAUGGAACAUGUUAUAAACGUCCUCAGUCCUCUUGUACAGAAGUGGAAGCCUUUGAAACUCGAAGAAAUUGGGGAUAGAAAUGGUGGCCUUAACCUUCACAUCAGCCUCCCUCUCCAGUUUGAUGACUUAUCCACUCAAAAUCAAAAUUUGUCCUCCACGGAUGACCAAUUUUGUGGAUAUCGUCUCAAUCAGAGUGCACGAUUUUAAUUUACACAAAAUCUUAAGGCUUAUGUGCAUGAAGUGCUUCUUAAUUGAUUCCAGAAGGGAAGUUGAGGUGCAAGGAGGAAGAUAGUGUGUUGGUGUACGCAAGUCGAGGUUCUGCAACACUCGUCUAUUGGGUGUUUCUUAACUUAAUGCGGAUGAAACUUAACGAUAGAAAGUUUGGUAUUCGGGAUGCUUGUUUUGGUAUGCUCGUUGUGAAGUGACCAAUGUUGCAACGCUAAGCUGGUUCAAGAUGUUUGGAGAACAGGGGCGAGAGUGAAAGCCAAUGAGGACGGCAUUGUUGAAGCUCGCGAGCUCAAGAGAUGCAUAGAAUGUGUAAUGGGAGAGGGAGGAGCUGAGUUGAGAAAGAAUGCUAAAAAAUGAAGAGAUUUACCAAGAAGUAGCAUGAAAGAAUGUGGAUAGGAUCUUCCUAUUUCAAUCUCAUGGCUUAUGUGCAUGGAGUGCUUCUUCCUAUUAAUUUAUUAA